AUGUCACCAAAGUAUGCCAUGCAAGGGCUUUUCUCAAUAAAGUCAGACAUAUUUAGCUUUGGGGUAUUAUUAUUGGAGAUCAUUAGUGGCAAGAAGAAUAUUCUAUAUUCACAUGAAGAUCAUUCAAUGAAUUUAAUAGAACAUGUAUGGGACUUGUGGGACGAAAGUCAAGCAUUGGAGAUAGUUGAUUCAUCAAUGGGUGAUUCAUACCGUGCUCAUGAAAUUUUGAGGUGCAUCCAAAUUGGCUUGUUGUGUGUGCAAGAAAGUCCGUCAGAUAGGCCAACAAUGUCAAAUGUUAUUUUCAUGUUGGAGAAUGAAACAAAGAUUCCUAUGCCUAACCAAAUUGCUUCUAUUAUUAAGAGAAAUAUCAAGGGCCAAGAUUCGUCUACCUCUAUAAAUGAAGUGACGAUCACUAUGGUAGAUCCUCGAUAG